AUGCGAUCCGAGGCCAUCUCCGCCCUCCUCCUGCCCCUUCUCUUCUCCCUUCCCGCCGCAGCAGCCGCCGCCAAACCGCCCAAGAACGCCAUCCUCCUCUCCCAUGUCAAGACGCUGACGCUCCGCGGCGACGGCGCCCAGACGACGCACCGCCGCCUCCCCGCCGUGCCCCAGCUCAAGUGCCUCUCGGCCCCGAAGCUCUGCGCCCUGCACCCGAUCGACGUCCUGCGCUGCACGAACCAGGGGUCCGGCUACGACGCGGAGGACAUCCAGUGGUCCUGCGCCGCCAACCUGCCCGUCGACCUCAAGCUCGGCAGCACCGACGUCCUGUGCGAGGGCUACAGCUCGGCCGACGACCCCUACGUCCUCAAGGGGAGCUGCGGCGUCGAGUACCGCGUCGUCCUGACCGACGAGGGCGAGAGGCGCCACCCUGACCUCGCGGGCGGGAACGGCGGAUGGGGCGGCGGCGCGGGCGGCGCGUCGGCGCUGCCGGGGUUUCUGUUCAUGGUGCUCUUCGUCGGCGUCUUUGCGUGGAUCGUCUACUCGGCGUGCGUCGCGCAGGAUCGGAACAGGAGGCUCGGCGUGGACGGCCAGCGGCGCGGCUGGGGUGGUGGUGGUGGUGGUGGAGGAGGACCUGGCGGUGGAUGGGGCGGAGGCUGGGGCGGCGGCGGCGGAUGGCAGCCGUUCAACAAUGACGACGAUCCUCCGCCACCGUACCCUGGCGCGAAGCCCUCGUCGAGCAACCAGCAAGGCCAGGGUUGGCGGCCAGGCUUCUGGAGUGGACUGGCUGGUGGUGCAGCGGCUGGGUACCUGGCAGGCGGCAGGAACAACAACAACAACAACAACCGCAACGAUAGGAGGACUGGCUUUGGCGGUGGAGGCUACGGCACCAACGACGGUUACGGUUGGGGUGCUGGCCCCUCGAGGACUUCUUCAGGGUCCAGCUCAUCAGCGAGACAUGAGAGCACUGGCUUCGGGUCCACAAAUAGGAGAUGA